AUGUAUGCACAGGCUUUAAUUUCGCUCGUUUUGGCCACUCGUAUCGUCGCAGCGAUCGAGUUCGCAGACUAUGAUCCGCAACCCGGCGUCCAGGCCGAGUUCAAACCAUUCUUUGAAGCGCUUGUCAACGCAGCUGAAGACCCGGACGUAACGAUGGGAUACACAGACUACUUCCCCGCUGAUGGCUUGCAAACCACCUUGUCUCUCCACUGUGUCGGCGCAGCAGGGAUUCAGAAGUGCAAAGAUGGGUUCCUGGCAGAUGGGCGACAGUUAGUGCACUGGCCCAACAUAACCUUCAUUGCGGGCAACAACGAAACCGCGACAGUCUACGAAGCCCAGGGCAGAAUCAAGAAUACAUAUAUCGGGGGCAACUGUUCGCAGAUUUACUAUAAAACGCAAUACACUGUGCUCAAGACGGAGAAGGGGGUUGACGCCGCACCCAAUUUGAACACUACCGCGCAACAGCAGGUUUACUGGUACCAUGAUUACUAUAUCAACCCAACUACGGUGCCAUCCAAUAUUCCGUGCGAUAGCCGAACCAAGAAGCGUAGGUUUGUUGAACAGGAAUGGAUGGCGUGA